AGGUUGGCUGUGUCUGAAACAUGACAAAUAGUACCUACACAGGCAGGAUCCUGAGGCAGGAAGGUGCUCAGUCAUGUCUGAACUGAAGCUCAGUAAUCUAGCCUUCUGUUGUAUCGGGUGAAAAUGCUAAUGGAUAAUGGUAAGACAGCUAAAUUCCUAUAUAUUAACAAAAUUAGAACUUAUUAUUUGUUGCAUUCCUGAUUCAAUUACAGAGACCAUUACUACUAAACUGCCUUUUAAAAGACAGACUUUGUAAGAGAGAGUGGGCAGCAAGGCAUUGAGUUACCUGUCUCCAGCUUCAGAAACAGUCAUCCACUUCCACACUUCAGCGUACACCACCCUUCACAACUUAACAAAUGGCAUCACGAGAGGAGGAGCUGUGUUCUGGCUAUCUGUACAAGUCUCCUCCAGCAACUCUAUUUAAGUCACAGAAGUCAUGGAAGAGAAGAUUUUUCAUUCUGAAGAAUAUUAAAACUUUCUGCCAGCUGGAAUAUUUUGAAAGUGAAGAAAAGACCAAGAGUGAACUGCUGGGAGCCGUAGACCUCUCUCAAGUAUCCCUAAUGUUGCUGCGUCCUGAGACACACACUAUGUGGCAGUGGGUGCAUGAACACUUCAAAUGCUCUGCAGCUUCUGUUCUUUUCAUGAAAGUGGCUGACAGGGACUAUUUUUUCAUUGGAGAAAACAGCUGGGAGGUAGAAAGAUGGUUCCAUGCUUUAUUUAAUGCUUUGAAUAGUCGCCCACACAGACUGCUGGAUCCUAAGGAUUCUGGGGGAAUCAGAGACAUAAGUGCACCUCCAGAGUCAGAGCACACAGACCACAGAGCUGAGUGGAGGCUUGAUGCCAAUAAGAUCAGCAAAACCGUGCACUGUGUAAGAACAUCAAAGAGGGUAAAGUGAAGCAGUAGGAGGGUCAUAAGUUUACACACUUCAUUGCUACAAUCCAGAGAGGUCCUACCUUACAAUGUACUGCAGGACUUCAGUGAUCUGUGUCUAACAGCUGAUGCCAGAUACCACAGGAUGGCUUUAGGGGGUCUUGGGGAGUCUAUGCCUCAGUGGCACAAAGCUUUAAAUGGUUAUAAUGUUAUGGUUGAUCGGUGUACAUACCAAUGUGCAUAAGGGCUGCAUUUUGUGUAUAGUACUUUACUGUGAAUGUAAAGAAUGUAAAAAUUGUACUCAUAUUUGCCCUUCUCUCUCUCUCUUGAGAAACCAAUAUGUUUGUAAGUAAACCUGUGGUCUGUAAAAAAUUCUGUAUACAUUAUGUAAAGUUUGGAUUUGGCUUCAUAUUACUUUUAUAGCUCAUAUGAUGAGAAAAUCUGAAGUUCUGUAGAUAUUUUUAUUUCACUGAGUGGCAAACUUUUAUUGUACUGGACUGUGUCUUUUUUGUCAUGAUGUAGUUGUAUUUUAAUAAUAACAGUGUAUAGUGUUUUUUUUGUUUGUUUUUUUUUUUGCAGUAGCAACGUCAUUUAGCAUUUCUGUUGCCGUCAAAUCUUGUUACACCACUUCAGUAACUGUACAACCUUUCUGCACAGAUUACAAAUUAUACACAGUACUGUAAACUAGGAUUUAGGCACCUGUACAUUUAAAUAUAAAUUGUUAUACAAAAAAGUUAAAUUUCAAGACAUUAACUGUUUAUAUUGUCAGUAAAACAUUAUUUGAAUAAACACAAAUAACUAAUAAAAAAUAGUGUUCUUAUGUCUCUGUGUCUCCAAAGCUCUUCUCAUAGGAGUGUAGUAUAAUUUAUAGUUGUCAUCAUAUUGAACCCAGUUCAGUAAAUCAGAGUUUAAUGAUGUUAAAACAGAAGAGCAGGUGAUAUAAUUUAACUUUCUUACCAGAUCAGAUAUUUUAUUCAAAAUGAAAAAUGUAAUUAAAAGCAAAAGAUUCAAUCCACUU